AUGCCUGCUGCACGCUUAGAUCUAAGAUCUGCGAAAGAAGUUGAAUGGGUGCUGCCAUAUGCCGCAGAAAUAACCUCCGACGAUCUCCAACGAGACAAAGCCAACGAGUUUCGCUUGUCUGUUGCCAUUUCAAAUAUAAGCCGCCACGUUGGGCGCCUAGUUGGGAGUGGUGAGCUCGAUGCCAGCGAUCUAGCAGCCAGCGAGUGUUUGUCAGCGAUAGCAAGAAAGAUCGCCGUGAACGUCACUGGCAGCGACGACGGUGACGACAUGUAUGCAUGGCUCUUCGGUGAGCCUGGCGCUGUUCCAAUGGUAGCCGAGCAUGCGAUUCGAGCAUUCAGAUUCGUCAUUGAGAACACACAGCACUACCGUACCACAGUAGUCGGGGCCGCCAACCUCGGUAGGUGGUUGAGCUUGCGCCAGGUCUUCUGGUUGUUGACUCUGAAAUGA